AUAUAUGCAAAAAAUCUAGUGAACGCCGACCGCUGCGCGCUCUUCCAGGUGGACCACAAGAACAAGGAACUGUACUCGGACCUGUUUGACAUUGGGGAGGAGAAGGAGGGGAAGCCCGUCUUCAAGAAGACCAAGGAGAUCAGGUUUUCCAUCGAGAAAGGGAUUGCGGGUCAAGUGGCAAGAACGGGGGAAGUCCUGAACAUUCCCGACGCCUACGCGGACCCUCGCUUUAACAGGGAGGUGGACCUAUACACGGGCUACACCACGCGGAACAUUCUGUGUAUGCCCAUAGUGAGCCGAGGCAGCGUGAUUGGCGUGGUGCAGAUGGUGAACAAGAUAAGCGGUAGCGCCUUCUCCAAGACAGACGAGAACAACUUCAAGAUGUUUGCUGUCUUCUGCGCUCUGGCCUUGCACUGUGCUAAC